AGCACAGAGGCAGCAAUGACAGCGGCACUGCAGCCUACCAUGGUGCAAGCUCCAGAAAAAAUUAAUCAGACCAGUGAAGCACACGUGAAGACAAUGGUGAAUCCUGACAAACUUUUAGAUGAUUUCUCACAGAUAGAAAAGAAAAUGUCAGAAAUUAAUGAGAAGAAUAACCUUCUGGUUCUUGAACUAGAAAAAUCUAACAGGCUAUUAACAUUAAGUCAAUCAAAGGAAGAUUCAAUAAAAGAAGAAUGUGCCUCUCUCCAAAAUGUAAUUAAGGGUUUCAGACAAACUGUUGAAAACCAGUGCAACUUGAGAGAUGAAAAUGAAAGGCUGAAGAACAACAUCCAUAUCUUGGAAGAGAAAUUAAAGGCUCAUGAACAGGAAUAUGAGAGUCAAAUCAACAAACUGAUGACAGAAAUUAGAAACAGAGAGGAAGUCCACAAGAUGGAAUUAACAAAGGUUCAUUGUGACAUGAACAGAAAAUUUGAACUAAAAGAAGAAGAACAUAAAGACCAGAUAGGGAAAAAAGAGCUGGAGGUUUUAGAGUUAACCAGGCAGCUGAGAACUCAAGAUAAGGAGAAACAGAAUGAGAUAAUCAAAUUACAGAUAGAGUUCAAUGCUAAAUUAGCAAAAGUUCAGAAUAAAGCAACAAAAUCGUUUCCAGAUACAACUGCCUUACCUCAAAAUAUCUACAGAAGGGUAUGUGUUUAAGCAGUACUGCUACUUGUAUAGAAUAUCUAGUGGGUAUUUGUGGAUGAUAUUCAGUGCUUUAAAGUGCAGCUGUGCUUUGAAAAGGACUUUGUAAAAUUAUCCUUGUAAAAUACAACUGAUAUUGUAAAAAAAUCUUAAUAUUGUAGUUAAAAAUGUCCCAACGCCAACAGAAUACUGUGUUAUAUGCUGAUUCUGUAUUUCAGUUCCAAUUUGUGUGAAACAAAGAAAUAUUUGUUUGCACUUUUAUAGAAGUUGCAGCAUCUCCAGGAAGAAAAAAACAAAGAAAUUGAAAUUCUCCGUAACACCAUUCGAGACUUGGAGCAACGGCUCAGCAGCAGCC